GCAGACCCUGGUAGGAGCGUGAUGAGCGCGCGCUUUCACUUGCCUGCUGGCAGAUCCUACAAUGUCCGGGCGUCGGAGCUGGAGCGAGACAGGCAGCACACACAGGUUGUGUGCAACAUACUGCUGCUGGACAACACCGUCCAGGCGUUCAAAGUCUGCAAGUCGGAUCCUGGCCAGGUGUUGUUGGAAGCUGUCUUUAAGCACCUGGAGCUGACUGAGAGAGACUACUUUGGCCUGCACUUGGCUGAUGACUCCUUAGACGCACCACGCUGGCUCGAUCCCACCAAGCCCAUCAGGAAACAGUUGAAAAGAGGGUCUCCCUAUAAUAUGAGCUUCAGAGUCAAAUUCUUUGUAACAGAUCCCGGAAAACUUCAGGAAGAAUACACACGGGUACAAUAUUAUCUUCAGAUCAAGCAGGACAUCGUGACUGGAAGAUUGCCCUGUCCACACAACACAGCCGCACUGCUGGCGUCCUAUUCUGUUCAAUCUGAGUUGGGGGACUACAGUGAAUCGGAGCACGCAGCGGGAUAUCUCUCAGAGUUCUGCUUCAUGCUCAACCCUCCGCAAGACUUCCACAAAGAGGUCGCCAAACAUCACCAGCAGCACAGCGGUCUAUCUCCUGCCCAGUCAGAGUUUAAUUAUCUGAACACAGCACGCACGCUGGAGCUCUACGGGGUAGAGCUGCACUAUGCAAGGGACCAGAGCAACACAGAGAUUCUUCUCGGGGUAAUGUCCGCCGGCAUUGUCGUUUAUAAGAACAGGGUACGGAUCAACCUUUUCGCAUGGUUGAAAAUAGUGAAAAUCUCUUUCAAGUGCAAGCAGUUCUUCAUCCAGCUAAGAAGAGAAGCGACUGAGACCCGGGAAACGCUGCUGGGUUUCAACAUGGUGAACUACCGGGCCUGUAAAAACUUGUGGAAGUCUUGUGUGGAGCACCACACCUUCUUCAGGCUGGAUCGACCCAUCCCGCCACAGAAGAACUUCUUCUCUCACUACUUCACUCUGGGCUCUAAGUUCAGAUACUGCGGACGGACGGAGGUGCAGUCUGUGCAGUAUGGAAAGGAGAAAGGCAUCAAGGACAGAGUGUUUGCAAGAUCUCCCAGCAAGCCAUUAGCCAGGAAGUUGCUGGGCGGGACUGACUGGGAGUCGGUCAGCAGGAACAGCCUAUCAGACGAGAGACUGGAGACACAGAGCCUGCCCACCCGAUCGCCGCCCGGGACGCCCAAUCAGAACUCGAUGUUUGUACAAGAGGGAACGCGACUACGCCCGUCGUCCGUUGGCCACCUGGUCGAUCAUGUGAUCCACACCUCACCCAGCCUACCUGUCUUCUCCUCGUCCAAUCACAAGUCAGCAUCGUCCACGCAGGCAAACAGCAUCAGCUUGGACUCAACACCGUCUCCAGACGGGCCCGACGGUCUCCCCCCAGCUCUACCCCCCAAACAGCUGAGCAGGAAAACCCUGAGCCAGAUCAUCCAGGCCCACUCCCAGCAGAGCCUCCUGGACAACCACCUCAACGAGAUGUACGACGUCCCUGUGAACGCUGACAAGACCGUGCUAAAUGGAGUAGUCCCCCAUGAUAAUCUGGUCCUGAUCAAGAUGAAGCCUGACGAACACGGGCGUUUUGGCUUCAAUGUCAAGGGGGGGUUUGACCAGAAGAUGCCCAUCAUUGUGUCUCGAGUGGCUCCGGGAACUUCAGCUGACCUGUGUGUGCCUCGCCUUAACGAGGGCGACCAGGUGGUCCUAAUUAAUGGCCGGGACAUCUCGGACCACACCCACGACCAGGUGGUCAUGUUCAUCAAAGCCAGCUGCGAGAGCCACUCUGGAGAGCUCAUCCUAUUGGUCAGGCCCAACGCCAUCUAUGACGUGGUGGAGGAGAAGGCGGACUCGGAGCCAGAUUUUCAGUAUAUCCCUGAGAAGUCCCCUCAGGACCCCGCCCAGCUAGACCAGCAUGCUUUGAGGGACUCCAUGGUCACACUGAAGGACGGCCUGAUCAGUGGAGCCAUACUGGCACAGUUCGAUCAACUGUACAGGAAGAGGCCGGGGAUGACCAUGCUGUGUGCCAAAUUACCUCAGAACGUUUCCAAAAAUCGCUACAGAGAUAUCUCUCCUUAUGAUGCCACACGAGUCAUUCUGAAAAGCACAGAUGACUACAUCAAUGCAAAUUACAUCAAUAUGGAGAUUCCAGCCUCAAGUCUUAUAAACCGCUACAUAGCGUGCCAGGGCCCGCUGCCCAACACCUGCCCUGACUUCUGGCAGAUGACGUGGGAGCAGGGCUCGUCCAUGGUGGUCAUGCUGACUACACAGGUCGAGAGAGGACGGGUAAAGUGUCACCAGUACUGGCCCAAUCCAGACUGCAGCGCCAUCUAUGGAGACUUUUCAGUAACUUGCCACAACGAAGAGGGCAACUCUGCCUUCCUGGUCCGGGAGAUGACUCUGGAACACAUACAGAGUGAACAGCAGAGAGAGCUUACCCAGAUUCAGUACCUAGCCUGGCCUGACCACGGGGUUCCUGACGACUCCACUGACUUCCUGGACUUUGUGUCUCUGGUGCGGACAAAACGGGCCGGACAGGACCAUCCCAUGGUGGUGCACUGCAGCGCUGGCAUUGGUCGAACAGGGGUUCUGAUCACCAUGGAGACGGCAUUGUGUCUAAUGGAGUGCGGUCAGCCAGUGUUUCCUCUGGAUACCGUCAGGACCAUGAGAGACCAGAGGGCCAUGAUGAUACAAACACCAAGCCAGUACCGCUUUGUGUGCGAGGCCAUCCUGAGAGUGUACGAGGAGGGCCUGGUCAAACCGUUCAGGACCGUCGUCUACCAGCUGAGAGAAAAGGGGGAGGAGGACGGGAUGGAGGAGGAGUACGGAGAGCAGCUGAACACGGCAGAAGGAUCGGAGAUGGAAGCGUCGGAAGACGGGGAUGUGGUGUCUGCGGUGGAGCUGCUGGAAGAAGGUCUAGAUGAAGAGGACGACGACGACGAAGAGGUGGAGGUGCUGGACGUGGGGGAAGUGACAGAAGACGGAGAGGACGACGACGACGAGGACGAGGAGGUGGAGGAGCUGAGCGUCGCAAGCAUCGCAAGUGCUGCAAGCAUUGCGAGUGCCGCUAGUGCUGCUAGCGCUAACACGGAGACCAGCGAGAACCCUGACCCCGACCCCGCUAACCCCUAACUUGACCUUUGGCAGUCACCGGGGGUUACCGGGAAGUUGCCAGGCAACCGGAGGAGAGAACAAAAGCACUGUUGCACUUUACGCUGAGAAAAAUGGGGGAAAAGAGGACACACAAACGAACAAAUAAACAAACAAACGUGAAAGUACUGGACAAGCUAGAAUAAAAAAAGAACCCAGCCGUGUUGAAUAGGUACCAUUAGGGGGAUAUUGUAUGUUCCGGGUGAAGAUAAAAGUCUACAAAGAGUGAAAAGUACGAGAGAAUAAAACGUGGAUGGGGAAUUGCUGUAGUGCCAUAAGUAAGAAGGGGAAGGGCCGCCACCCCAAUGGAUGGAACGUUUUUUUUUUCCGCAAAGGGUCGCCCUGUCCCCUUCCGAGCGAGUCUGCCAGACGGACCUGCCUUUUUUUAGUGUCCUUUUAGCUGAUAAAGAGAUAUACCUUAUCUUUUUUUCCUCAGAAAGAGUAUUUAUUGUGUUUUUAGUUUGUGUCAAACCCUGUCCACUGAACAAAACAAAAAAAGAAAUGUAUAUGUUUGUUUGUAUGAAUCUAGAGCUUCAUGCUUUCCUGAUUACAUUUUUAGGUAGUAAAGUAUUCCUCUUCCUCUAACUACUUCUUCAUUUGCUUUUUUCGUGGGGGAAAAAAAACCUGAUUUAAUUUAUUGUACUUACCUUUCUAGGCUUUCUGAGUUCCUGACAGCGCUGAUAGACAUCUCACCUCUUGUUCAAUGCCGCGGCAAGUUGUGUUUUUGAUUCUGCUUUGUGCUGAGUUUUUUAGCUUUACAGACAACACAUGCUGCCAAGCAACCUUUGUUUGCCAUGGUGGAGAAAAUCUACUAUUCUUGUGACCGGUGUUUACUGGGCACCUCUCUUUCAACCCUUUCUCUCUACUGUAGGCCUACCACUGAAUGACACAGGGACAGAAAAUGAUAAAUUUCAGAAAAAUUAAUUAAUUCACAGUACGUAAUGCUAAUGGUAAUUUAACACAGGAAGACGAAUUUGGUAUAAAAAAGAGAGGCCCCCCCUAGACACUCGACCUCACUAACCUACAAUCUAAGCUAAUUCCGCCGCUGUGGUUGAUAAAGCUUAAGAAUCAAGGAUGAGGUCGGUUCAUUUCGCUUAUUCAAAUCGACAUUCACUCAAUUCGAUUUUUAAAUCAAAAUCUGGGUCCCUGUCUGAAGUGUCCCUGAGCCAGACACUAGCAAUACAUUAAUUGUUUUAGAACCUGGUACGCAAAUAAUGAUAAAAAAAACAUGAGUUUUUAAUUAGUUUUGAAGUGGUUAAAAGCUGCUUAAACUUUUAUGCGAUCAGUAUUUCCAUUUUAGGAUAACUUGACGGUGAACUGAUCUCAACCUUUAGUGUGAAUCGUAAACAUUUUAAAGGCUCCCUCCACUGACCUCUCAUUUGUUUUACAAUUUAACGACAUUUGAAUCAUUUUAUCUUUCCUUAACAUUUGUAGAAUAUUGAGUUCUUGUAUGACCCAGGUAUCCAUUAAUUUAAUUUUUCCAAAGAAUUUUCCUAACCUAAUAAUUUUUUUUAUCUUGGUUUUAUUAAGGUUCAGAAGUCACUGGAGCGGAGCUUUAAACCAGCCUUUGCUGUUUAUUUUUUCUCUAAAUCUGAACAGUUGACAGUUCAAAGAAGCAGCACAAA